CCAUUUUGUAACGAUAUAUUCUCUUCUCCCCCUUCAAAACCGAGGCGAGUUGCAGCCCACCAUUAUCAACCCGCUCCUCCACAGGUAGAGAGAGAGGCGGCCAGAUGCACGCGAAGACGGACUCGGAGGUGACGAGCCUGGCGGCUUCGUCGCCGCCGAGGUCGCCGCCGCGCCGGCCCAUCUACUACGUUAUGAGCCCCACCCACUCCCACCACGACGUCGACAGGGUGUCCCUCGGCGGCUCUUCCCCCGGUGCCUCCCCUCUCCACCCCCACUACCACCACCCGCACCACCACCGCUACGCUAGCUCCCCCAUCCACCACUCGCGUGAGUCCUCCACCACCCGCCUCUCCGCCUCCCUUAAGUACACCUCCUCCUCCUGGCGCAAGCUCCACAACCACACCGAGGGCCACCACCCCGACGGCGCCGCCUCGUCCGGCUGCUCCGACUCCGACGUCGAGGACGACGGCCCCAUUCCCGUCCGCUGCUAUGUCGCCUGGUUCGUCUUGGGGUUCAUCCUCCUCUUCACCCUCUUCUCCCUCAUCCUCUGGGGCGCCAGCAAGUCCUACAAGCCCGACAUCUUCGUCAAGGGCGUGGUGUUCCGCAGCUACGACAUCCACGCGGGGACGGACCUCACGGGCGUACCCACCAAGAUGCUCUCCAUCAACUCCACGGUCAGGAUCGCGUUUCGCAACCCCGCGACGUUCUUCGGCGUCCACGUCUCCUCCACGCCCCUGGAGAUCUACUUCUCCGACCUCAAGAUCGCUACCGGAUACAUGAAGGAGUUCUAUCAGUCCCGGAAGAGCGGGCGCACGGUGGCGGUGGCCGUGGGCGGGAGCCAGGUGCCGCUCUACGGUGGGGGCACGGGACUCAGGAGCCGGACCGAGGACGGCGGCGCUCCGGCGGUGGUGCCGCUCGAGCUGUCCUUCACGAUCCGGGCCCGGGCUUACGUCCUCGGCCACCUGGUCAGGUCCAAGUUCUACCGCCACGUCCGGUGCUCGCUGUCCCUGCGCGAGGACCGGCUCGACAAGCCCCUCCGCCUCGCCCACGCCUGCGACUACCACGACUGACGAGACUCCCACUCCCAGUGAGCGAACAUGACUCGGAUCGAGUCGAGGUCCGUCACGUUGUGGCUCUCUUGUCGUUUUAUAGCUGCAUAUUCUUGUUUUCUUCGCAACCGGACGGAGUGUAGUGAUGAUGCAGUAGAUACAGCAAGCCUUGCGUUCUCGGUUUUGCCCCCUAAGAUUUACUGGUAGGUGGUGAGUUUGGCAGUCUAGUAGAAUGGACUGCUAGCGUUUGAAUGACCAGCAGAAACUGAGUUAGUGUUUGUGCUUCAGCUUUGUCAGACGGAUCAGAAGAGCUAAACGAAGGAAACCCAUGGCUUUGCUGUCCUGCUAGGUAGAGCUACUCAUCUCCCCCUUUCUUCUCCUCAGUCUUCCCAGUAUGCCUUUCUUCUCCGUUCCACCAUAGUCUUCAGCCUCAUGUUUCUUUCAGCAACCUCCUCGGCUGGCUUCUUGUGGCCAGGAAUAUUCUCUUUGUCCUUCUCAGGGAGCCGCUUCUCCAGAAGACCGCGGUCUUGCAUCUCCACCUCCUUGUCACCUUCCACAGCCUUAUGCUGCUCCGCCAACAUAGUAUCCCAAAGAUAAAGACAACAACAAGAUCAAGAAAGAAGCACAGAAGAGGUUGAAGGCUCGGAAAGGCUAAUGCGAUCGGCAAGCUGGAAGAAAUCUCUUAGCCUUUUGGUGUGAGAAUGAGUUGGCGGAUGGGAGAACAAAGAGCAAGAGGACGCCAGCGGAGGAGGCUAGAGCGACGUUGUUGGGCCUCGCUGUCAUCCGCUAGGGAUCAACCACGUAAGGCGGGCCCCAUGACGAGUCCUUAACUGGCGCUCACGUAACUAGCGCGCUCGAGCGGCGUUACAUUCAUGGAUCGCGUGCGAUCCCUCGGGAGUAAGCUUACUACACCGCAUCUAAUUCUAAAGGCUGCUGGGAGCCACACGUGUGCGGUGUCCCGGUCGCGGGUGGUUGUGCUUUAGGGUGCCCCGAGGAAUCGAGAUGAAGCUCUAGCUAUGAC